GAUAUAAAAGUGAGGUAACAGAAUGACAGAGCGUUAUCUGUGAAGCUGCUGCCUUUUAUUAAUGGGGCUGUUCUUCUCCCCAUAAUCUGUGAGUGUCUUCAAACAUGAAAUGCAAGUUGAACUCUGCAGGAGAGUAAAGCUCCAGCAGCCUCUGAUUGUUUUUAUCAUCAAUUCUGGGCUCCUGAAUCUCUGUUAAACUUCAAGCUUCACCACUAUGGCAUCCACAAACAAAGCAGCCGAGGAGGAACAGGGCCGCCUGAGAUCACUUUUCCACACCUACGACGUGGACAACUCAGGACGGAUAGAAAAAGAUGAAUUUUCCGCCAUCUGCCAAGAGCUCCAGGUUCCUACUGACGAAGCAGAGAGCAUAUUCAGCCGCCUGGACGCUGACGGUGAUGGCACGGUUACCUUAGAGGAGUUCCUCAGUGGAUUCACAGACCAACAUGAGAAGGAACAAAUAGAAAAAGAAGAAGAAAAAGAAGAAGAAGACAUGAACUUACCUGUGGAAGAAUUUUCAAUCAAUAAAGAGCAGGUCAUGAUCAGCCAGCCACAGUCUUCCGUCAAGGGUAUGAGCGCGGAGGAGAGGGACAGGCUGCACGCACUCUUUCGCGCGUACGACGUCGACAACUCCGGGCGCAUCGAGAGGAACGAGUUCCUCACGAUCUGCGCCGAGCUGCAGGUGUCAGCGGUGGAGGCGGACAGGAUCUUCCAGCGGCUGGACGUGGACCAGGACGGAACCGUCACCCUGCAGGAGUUCAUCCACGGCUUCCACGACCGCUACGGAGAGGACAUGGAGUCCGACGGAGGGCAAGUGUCCAUCGCCUGGGAGACCUUCGAGAAGAGACUGGGCGAGCAGGCCAAGUUCAUCCCGAGGCAUGAACAGGCAGCAACGUUGUACCAGAACAUCAGCCUGACUGAGCCCAGACUGAUUCCUCAGUUUGAGAAAGUCAUCCUGAACUUCGCUAAAGAGAUCAAGCAGCAGAACUCAGACAUGGAGAACCUGGCUCUCGCCAUCAAGAGAGCACAGGACCAAGCGUCAAUGCAGCUAGGUGAGAUGGAGGAGGAGAUGGAACAGCGAAUUCAGGCUGCAGAGAGAAAAACUCAUGAGCAGGAGAAGAAGCGAACAGAGGCUGCACUCAGUGAGUUGCGAAGGAGUUACGACACUGAAGUUUGUGAGCUUCAGUGUAAAAUCCAGAGGAUGCAGAUGAUAGAGCAGAAGUACAAGAACAUCACAGUGAAAGAUGAGAGCCCAGCUUUAAAGAAGAAGAUCAAUGAGUUAACACUGGAAAACCAAAAAUUAAAACAAGAGCUUCUGAAGUCUCAGACCAAAGUUGCCUGUCUGCAGAGUGAGAUGGACGGAUUAAAGACAGAGUUAACUGAUCAAAGCAUGAACUCAGAACGAGAUGAGGAGCUCAUGAAACACUUUGCCGACGAGCGAGACAUCCUGGAGAGUCAGAUUGAGAUUCUGCAGACAGCCAAUAGGAAGCUCCAUGACUCUAACGACGGUCUGAGGUCGACUCUGGAGAAAAUCACAAGGUCUGGUAACAGUGGAUCCCCAGGAGACAUCAAGAACAGAAACAGGAGUAAAAGCAUCUGCUACCCAUCGCCACAUGCAUUAUUAGACAGGCUUGGCCAGCGUUUGGAUGAUUUCCCUCUGUACCCGCGUCGGCCCAGCUGCGAUACUCUGGCCCUGGCCAUCUGUGACCCUGGGCUGAGGCGCAGACACAGCAGCGAGUGCGAGGAGGACAGCCUGCCUGAGAUCUACGUGGACAGCGGCAUGUCCACACUUAGAGGCUCGCAUGGCGGCUACGACUGGGAGCCAGAGAUCCAGGGUCAAGACGGUGAAGAGGAAGAGAAGAAGGACAGCAUACUGGGUGAAAACUCUGACACAGAGCCAGCAGAGACUCAGGACGGAGAGUCGGCGAUCGGGUCGGACUGCAGCUCAGUUUUGGAUUGGAAGCCCACUGACUCGCUUGGUUCCACUACGCCUCCCGCCCCGACAACAAAGAAAACUAUCAGCGCCAUCAGCUUUCAGAAUGACGACAAAGAAAACGCUGACCUCGGCUACAUGACGUCAGAGAAGGCCUACAGGAUCGUCUUAGCAGGAGACGUGGCUGUGGGAAAAUCUAGCUUCCUGCUUCGCCUCUGCAAGAACGAAUUUAAACUGAACUCCAGCACUACUCUGGGCGUGGACUUUCAGAUGAAAACACUCAUUGUGGAUGGAGAGCCAGUUUUAUUACAAUUAUGGGACACUGCAGGGCAGGAGAGGUUUCGCAGUAUUGCCAAGUCCUACUUCAGGCGUGCAGAUGGUGUGUUACUGUUGUACGAUGUCAACUGUGAGAAAACCUUCCUGAAUGUUAGAGAUUGGGUGGACAUGAUUGAGGAUAUGGCCCAUGAUGAUAUUCCCAUCAUGCUUGUGGGUAACAAGUGCGAUCUUCGGCAAGAUGGAGAUAAAUCUGUUCCUACCAGCUACGGACAAAAGCUUGCAAUGACCUACAACACUCUGUUCUGUGAAACCAGUGCCAAAGACGGCUCCAACAUCCUGGAGGCUGUGCUGCACCUGGCCAGGUUGGUAAUAAAGCAGGCCACCUUUGAGGAGAAACACUAUCAGUCGCUGACCAGUUUAAAUGCUCCCAAGAAUAAACCGAAGUUCUCCUGCUGCACCUGAUCAAAUUCACCAGAGCUAAACCUCCUCAUCUGCUUUAAUGUGAAGAAUACAAGGAGCAGAAAUCUAACAAAACAGCAACACAGAAAUAAUUGUUGGAAAAAAUCAACAACCAAAACUGUUUUAUUUAUAAAGAAAGUGGCAAAAAGAAGAGAGAUAAGAUUCAGCCGCUGCACAUCAAGAAGUUUGAGUUAUUGCCGACUUUUUCUCUGUGAAAGAUAAUUUCAUUGUUUUUUGUGCUGUUAUGCAUACUUUACAGGAUGUAUUUAUGAAUUGUUUGCCAUUCAAACAUUUUUCUCAGAGAAAAACUGAAUCAUGAUACUAAAACUGGGAAAAUGAAGAGGAGUUGGAAAGUAAAGAAAGAGGAAGUGAAUAUGAUGAAAUGAUGUGAAAAUAAUGUAAGGGGUGCAAUCGGUUUAUGUGUCGCACUUUUACUGGUGGUAUUGAUGACGAAAACUGAGACUGAGAAUUGAGGCAGAUUUAAGCACUAAAUGUCCAUGAUGGUUUCAGGUGAAAUGUCCCAACCCACUUCUAAAUAAUACCAAGCAGUGUUACAUUUUUGUUGUUAUAAAGUUUCUACUUGUUUAUUUCAGCUCUACAAAUGCUAUUAAGUUCAAGAUGUUCUCUAAAUAAUAAAUAAAUAAGAGAGUAGAACAGUGUAUAGACUGUUAUUUUUAAGAAGCAAUGCACAAUUUUAAUUCAAUAAAGGAAUUAUUGCAUGCUUUCUGUUUUCUAUGCCAAAAGGGCAACAAAAGUGUCAAGAUGGGGGACAUUUUUUUGAAAGCUGUUCCAAUUUUACAUUUAGUUAACGUUUAAAUUAUAAAUUAAACAGAAACACUAAACUGUCAGUGUUGUCUGGACUGGAGGGUCUAAAUAGUGACCAGCAAAGAGAAAUAAGGCUGAAAGAGUGUUGGAAAAAAGAAAUCUAAGCCCAGCGUACAAAACCCAAAUAUGUGAAGAAAAUUGAAAAUUUAUUGCUGACAACUAAAAACUGGAGACAGCAAAACAUAAAAGCAAGAGCAAGAUAAAAAAAAAAGAAUGAAUAGGCCAGAGUGACUAUAUAUAUGACAAAGUAUGUGUGACAAUUAACUAAGUUGAAACCAGAAGACUGAGACAAUUGAAAGAAUCUAAUUAGAAAAAUGGCUGAAGGUACAGAAAACUGAGCAAUCACAGUAACAGAACAGAUCUGUUACAAACAGAAACACUAAAACACUCAAACGAUUCAAAUAAAAAUAUACAUACAAUGGAUACGCACCUUUUUACUGUUCAGUAUUUCCAAAUUCACCUAUUCAUGGAUUUUACAAUGGAACUUAACUUCAAAUAGAGCUUAUUUAAAUUAUUCAACACCAAAAAAGUGCAGCUGGAAAGCUGAAACUCCUGGGAGCAAUGCUACUUGACACAAUGUUAGGGGUUGCAAAUCAGCCAAUUCUGAAGUGUCAUUCAUUUUCCUUGGCACUGAUUGGCUGUACCUUUAAGAACUUAAGUAAGGAAGACUGUAGAUGUUAGCUUAUGCAGUACAGCCAAGACGGUUCUCACUGUGCGUUUAUUAAGGUAUAAACAGGCAGUUAGAGAAGUGUUUUCAAUGGGGUCUCAUGUAUUUGCAUAUUUUAGCUAUUCAUGAGUUGCUGUGGUCUUUAACCCCCAUGAAUAGUUUUGGUUCGCUCUAUUAUAUAUUUUGUUCAGAAAAACAAUAGAUUUACAUAUAGAGCAAAAUCUACUCCCUUUCUCCUUUGACAGGAUGUGAAAAUAGGCAAAUAACUUUUACAGUUGACAACAAACUGGACUGGAGACUCAAUAGUGAGGCUGUUUACAAAAUGGGAAAAAGCAGCAUACUUACUGAGAAAGUGAAGAUCCUUCAGUUUUUACACCAAGACAUGGAGAGUGUAAUCUGUUUUGCCAAUAUGUUUGGGGGUACCAGCAUCAGAACUAGAGGCCGAUAAAGAAGGUUGAUUCUGUUCUGGGGAUUACUCUGGGACCUCUGGAGAAUAUUGUACAAAGAGGGAUUUUUCAGAAAACAAAGAGCAUUACGGACAACCCUGCGCUUCCUUCUCAUCAGUCUGUCCCACACAACAGAGCGUCUUCAGUCAGAGGCCUCUUGAGAACCGCUGCAAUACUGACCACAUCAGAUCUUUCUUCCUCACAGCCAUCAUCAACUCCUCGAAGAACCUCUUAUCUUAUUUGAAAUGAAUUAAAUUUGAGUCAUUAUUUGUCCUCUGUGUGAACAUGGAAUAUUGCUACUGAAUAUGUUGGUGAAAUAAACUUUCAGACAGUAAA